AUGAAUUGUUUUUUAUAUUUAGGUACAUAUCCAUAUGUAACUUCAUCAAAUUGUAGUAUUGGUGGUGCAUGUACAGGUCUUGGUUUACCACCAAAAUAUAUCGGAGAUAUUUAUGGUGUUGUGAAAGCUUAUACAACACGUGUUGGUGAUGGUGUAUUUCCAACUGAACUUAAAAAUGAAAUUGGUGAACAUUUACAAACACGUGGUCGUGAAUGGGGUGUAACAACAGGUCGACGACGUCGUUGUGGUUGGCUUGAUCUAGUUUUACUUAAAUAUACAAAUAUGAUUAAUGGAUUUACAGCAUUAUGUUUAACAAAACUUGAUACACUUGAUGAAUUAGCUGAAAUCAAAAUUGCAACAACCUAUAAACGAAAUGGUGUUGAAAUACCAAAUUUUCCUGCAUCGGUUGAUACAAUGCAUGAUAUUGAAGUUGAAUAUGUUACUUUUCCUGGUUGGCGAGGACGAUCAACAGAAGAAUGUCGAACAUUCAAAUCACUUCCUAAUAAUGCAAAACUUUAUGUUCAAUUUAUUGAACAAUAUCUUGGCGUACCUGUGAAAUGGAUUGGUGUUGGUAAAGAUCGUAUGGCAAUGAUUCGCGUCUUUUAA